AUGAAACUCCAGUCUCUGCUCCGCCCCAUGAAUGAAAGAAGUAUGGCCACGAGAGUUGUUAAUUUCUCGAAAAGGAAUCUCCUACCGGCUGAAAUCAACCUCCUGUCUAAGGGAAUAGGAUUUAAUCCCACGGAUGCUACACCUACCAACUUUCUAGCUGGUCUCGAAUCCAUUCUACUGACCUCUGUCCUGCCUGAAGACAAGCGCGCGGACAUACGCAGCUGUGCCACUGGUAUCCUCCGGCAAAAAAGACACCAGCAAACUCUACCGGCCGAAGAAGCGCAAGGAUUGCGAGCACUGAAAUCGGACCACAGCAUCGUUGUUGUUCCUGCCGACAAAGGUGGCGCUACCGUCAUCAUGGACAAAACUGACUACGUCAACAAGGCGAAUAUAAUCUUCAGUGACACGGAUUCUUACACCAUUAUCACCGAAGACCCAACGAAAAAGCUAGCCGCAGCCAUCAAGAAAAAGGUUAAUGAGCUUGCUCGCCUGAAAGCAUAG